AUGCCAGUUCAUAAACUCAAUCUUAAAAUUGGCAGUAUUAUUAUGCUUUUGCGUAACCAUAAUACUAAGAGAGGUCUCUGUAACGGCACCAGAUUGGUUGUGAAAGCUUUGCGGCAAAACAUAAUCAUUGCUCAAGUACUAACAGGUACCGCUGAAGGGCAAAAUGUCUUUAUUCCUGGAAUAGAUUUAGCCCCAAGUAAUACAGAACUUCCUUUUAUAUUACGAAGAAGACAAUUUCCAGUAAAAUUGGCAUUCGCUAUAACUAUUAACAAGUCUCAAGGUCAAACUUUAGAUAGAGUUGGCAUUUAUUUGCCUGAACCUGUUAUCAACCAUCGUCAGCUAUAUGUAGCUUUCUCUCAAGUAAAAAGCUCUGCUGAUGUAAAAGUUAAAGUCAUAGAUGGACAAGAACAAGGCUACUUAUUAACAGGAAGUGAUGCCUGUUUUACAAAAAAUGUGGUCUACAAAGAAAAAUACUCAAAGUAG